AUGGUUGACACCAACACCUACGCGAUCUUGGGUGCUACGGGUAAUUGCGGCACUGCCUUGAUCGACAACCUUCUGAGGCGGUCAGAUGCCGUCGUGCAUGCUUAUUGCCGCUCCCGCACCAAGCUCUUGCGAUCAGUGCCCGAUCUGAAAGAAGAUGGCAAGGUCAAAAUCUUUGAAGGCAGCAUUCAGGACGUGGAGCUGGUGGCCUCUUGUGUCUACAACUGUCGAGCGGUGUUUCUGGUUAUUUCAACGAACGACAACAUCCCGGGAUGUCGGAUGGCUCAGGACACCGCCACGACUGUCAUCGAUGCUCUCAAACUGCUCCGAAAACGAGAAAUGGGCCGCCACAACGGCGGCGAUCUCAACCAAGGUCCGAUGACAAUGCCGAAGCUGAUCCUCCUCUCGUCGUCAACUAUCGACAGUCACUUUUCUCGCCAUAUGCCAUAUCUAUUACGAUCCGUUCUCCUUUGCUCGGCAUCUCAUGUCUACCGAGACGUGGAAGAAGCGGAAAAGCUCAUCCGUGCCGAAGACAAAUGGAUUACAGGAAUCUACAUGAAGCCGGGCGCAUUAUCGGUUGACAAGCAACGAGGCCACGCUGUGAGCUUGACCGAUCAGGACGGCCCGGUGUCGUAUCUUGAUUUGGCAGCUGCAAUGAUUGAGGCGGUGGAUGAUGAGGGUGGACGCUACGACGGGCAGAACAUCAGCGUGGUGAAUACUAAUGGCAGUGCCAAAUUUCCCACUGGCACUCCAAUGUGUAUCUUGAUGGGACUUUUGAGACACUUUUUCCCCACCCUACAUGAUUACUUACCGGGGAAUUUAGGGCCUCGAUAG